AUGGAGCGUAUGGACACUAACGGCGCGACCGAUGGGUCAGUGAACCGAGGCUCGUUGGAGUUUCAAGACCGCAAACAAGUGUUGAUCAUUGGUACUGGCAAGUAUUCACGAUGCGCAACUGGUCUGGCUUUAGCCCAUGGGUUGAAGAAGGCGGGGAUUCCAUUCCUCAUCUUCGAGAAGGAGGAUAGCCCAAUCCGCAAGCGCAGCUGGAGCGUUGGUUUACAUUGGGGCUUCGAACCUCUCCAGCAUCUCAUACCGGCCGAACUUCUAGCUCAAGUGAAAACCGCCCAAGUCGAUCCCAACGUCACAACCGAGAACAGCGACCGCGUGCCUCUUAUCAACGGUAAAACAGGCGCCCUGUUGACCGAAAUCAAGUCUGAUAAAUUCUACCGCCUCCGUCACGACAAAUUCAGAGCACUAUUGCUCCAGGGUCUGGACGUGCAAUGGGGCAAGGCACUGGUGGACAUGGAAUACUCUUCUGCUGGCGAUGUCUUGACCGUCAAAUUUAGCGACGGCACUGAAGUUACUGGUAGCAUACUCGUCGCUACGGACGGGCCCCAUUCCACGGUGCGAUCUCUACUUGUCGGCGAAGAAGCUGCGAAAGUGACACCCAUCGAUUUCGCCUCGACAAUGUGUUAUACUACGCACACCCGUGAGCACGCUCUGUUCCUCCGCGCGCAGCCGCAUCAUCCGAUUUGCCAGGCUGGUCCUCAUCCCGACGGGUAUUGCGCUUGGUUGAGUCUGCACGAUGGGGACGACGUCGAGCACCCGGAGAACUGGACGUUUUUCCAUUACAUAUCGUUCCCCGAGGCGCGCGAUCAGGUGAAUACUCGGACUAUGCGCGAGCAUGUAGCCCACCAGAAGGAAUUGGCGCGUCGGUUUGCGGAUCCCUGGCGAAGUGUCUUUGAAUGGAUGCCUGAUGACAGCGAAGUAUGGUAUUCGAAGCUACGCGACUGGGAUCCCAGUCUACCUGAGCAUCAGUGGGAUAAUCGUCAGGGGCGAGUCACGCUGGCAGGCGAUGCGGCUCAUCCGAUGACGUUCCAGCGCAGUCAGGGUCUUAAUCACUCAUUGCAGGAUGCAUACAAUGUAUGCCAGGCAAUUGAGUCCUUUUGGAACCAUGGUCACUUUACCGUCGAACAGCGCGCUGUUGCUGUGGACGAUUAUGAGAAGGAAAUGAUCACUCGUACAGGAAAAGAAGUCCGGCUGAGCGAGCAAAGUACCGUAACAAUGCAUAAUUGGUCGAUGAUUAUGAAUAGUCCCCUAAUGGUGAAAGGCUUGGCUGUUGAAAAGUAG